AAGCAUUCCUGCCUCCUCCUAGACAUCACAUCCGGGUCACUCGGCAGUCAGCGUGUAAGCGAGCGUGCUCCUCCAUACAGUUGCGUACUGCUGCUGCAGCUCUCAGCGCAACUCCACUGCGUGCAACAUGGACACUACGAGCAGCGGCCAGCCGCGGAGGAUCUGAGCGCGCCUCGGGACUCGCGAUACGCCACACCGGGGCAGGGAUGAGGUGCCAUCCAGCAGCCGCACACUGGUAGGCGAGUCGUCAGUUGUCAGCGAUGUCAAAGAGUCUGAAAAAGAAGAACCACUGGACGAACAAAGUCCACGAAGCGGUGCUCACCAGGAAUAAGGAGGGUGAGCUAGGGUUCGACCUGAAAGGGGGCGCCGAGAACGGCAAUUUCCCUUAUUUUGGGGAGGUGAAGCAGGGUAAAGUGGCCAUCCAGAGCGGCAAGCUGUCCCAGGACGAGCUGCUCUUGGAGGUCAACGAUACACCGGUGGCGGGGCUCACCACCAGGGAUGUGCUGGCCGUGAUCAAGCACUGCAAAGACCCGUUCCGGCUGAAGUGCGUGAAGCAAGGAGGUGUUGUGGAUAAAGAUCUCCGGCAUUAUCUCAACCUACGGUUCCAGAAGGGUUCAGUGGACCACGAGCUUCAGCAAAUCAUACGUGAUAACCUCUACCUCCGGACUGUGCCGUGCACAACGAGACAGCCCAAAGAGGGGGAGGUCCCAGGUGUGGACUACAACUUUGUGAGCAUUGAGCGGUUUAUGGAAUUAGAGAAAAGUGGGGCUUUGUUAGAAAGUGGAACAUACGAAGAUAACUUCUAUGGCACGCCAAAGCCUCCUGCCGAACCCACGCCGAUGCUGUUUAAUGUGACGGACCAACUCUUGCCCGGUGGCCGACCCAGUGCAGAGGGAAAAAGGAAGAGAAAUAAGUCCGUCAGCAACAUGGAGAAGGACAGCAUUGAGCCGCCAGAAGAGGAGGAAGAAGAGAGCCCCGUCAUCAAUGGCAACGGCAUCGCCAUCACACCAGAAUCUAGUGAACAUGAGGACAAGAGUACUGAUGCUUCGGGAGACGUGCCCAUCCAGCCAUGCCCACCCGAGACCCCCACCCUCACCACCACAGAUGCCCCUGAGGAGGAAGGAGACGCCCCCAAGUCCCCACAAGACUCCCAGGAGAAUGACGAACUGGGCCCUUUGCCAGAUAACUGGGAGAUGGCCUACACUGAGAAAGGAGAAGUUUACUUCAUAGAUCACAAUACCAAAACAACGUCAUGGCUUGACCCUCGACUAGCAAAGAAAGCCAAGCCCCCAGAGGAGUGUGAGGAAGAUGAACUUCCAUAUGGCUGGGAGAAAAUAGACGACCCUAUUUAUGGCAGUUACUAUGUUGACCACAUUAACAGAAGGACACAGUUUGAGAACCCCGUCCUAGAGGCCAAACGAAGGAUCCAACAGCAACAGCAAAUGCAAAGUCAAGGUCUAUCGGCGUUGCCAUUGCCCACAAUAUAUAGAGAAAAGCCUCCAUUCACGAGGGACGCCACACAACUUAAAGGGACGUUCCUCACCACGGUGCUGCAGAAGAGCAAUAUGGGAUUCGGCUUCACCAUUAUUGGUGGGGAUGAGCCGGAUGAGUUCCUACAGGUCAAGAGCGUCAUACCUGAGGGACCUGCAGCCCAAGAUGGCAAGAUGGACACAGGUGAUGUGAUCGUCUACAUCAAUGACAUCUGUGUUUUGGGCACCACCCAUUCGGAUGUGGUGAAGCUUUUCCAGUCGGUCCCCAUUGGCCAGAGUGUCACCCUGGUGCUGUGUCGAGGUUACCCUCUCCCUUAUGACCCAGAAGACCCCUCCGCUAGCUCUUCCAUGCCCCCUUUGGGCCUAGUGGAUCACCCGUUGCUGCUCAAUGGAAGGAACAGCUAUGAAAAUUACAUGGAGUACAUGUCUUUGACUGGCCGCUUGGUACCCGAGCACGGCGAGGGCCUUACCCCGCAUCCCCAUCCUGGAGACACACACCUGGACGGCUCGCAGCCUCCAUCCCUGACCACACCGGGACCCCCACCUGAUGACAACGUCUCCAUGGCGUCAUCCUCAGGAGCAACCGCCGGGGCUCAAGUGGCCCCUGAGCUUCUGAGUCUCACUAUAACCAAAGGUGCAGAGGGUUUCGGGUUCACCAUAGCGGACAGUCCCACAGGUCAAAGAGUCAAACAGGUUCUGGAGCCACAGGGUUGUCCGGGGUUAUGUGAAGGAGAUUUGAUGGUGGAGAUUAAUCAGAAGGGUCUCCAGGGACUCAACCACACACAGGUGGUGCAGCUGCUCAAGGACUGUCCAGUGGGAACAGAGGCUACGCUUGUCAUUCAGAGAGGAGCAGCAGCAGGCCUCUACACACCAUGGGAUCCCACAAAACAGUGGGAUCCUCAAGGAAGUCCCCAGACCAUCUUGUCGGCUGCUCUGCUCCCCCAUGGUGCUCCACAUCCCGGCCAGCCGCUCCAUCGCUCCUCUGUUCCGGACACAGAGGGCUUCCUCCUGGGCAAGCCUGACCCCUAUGACCUCUAUGAGAAGUCACGUGCCAUUUAUGAAAGCAGACGUGUGGAGUAUCAGGAAGUGGAGGUGCACCUGCUGCGUGAGAAGACUGGCUUCGGCUUUAGGAUCCUGGGUGGAGACGAGGCGGUGCAGGCUGUGAGUCCGGAGGCCCGUGACAAGAUCGUGAUCGGAGCAAUCAUAGAGAACAGCCCUGCGGAGCGCGACGGUAGACUGCGUCCAGGAGAUGAGCUGGUCUCUGUUGACAGGAUGCCCGUGGCGGGGAGACCACACCGAUACGUCAUCGACCUCAUGCACGCGGCGGCACGAAACGGACAGGUCACCCUGACAGUAAGGAGGAGAGUUCUGCUGCAGCAGGGCCAGCCAUGUGAGGAAAACGGUGCAGCAGCCAAUCAAAGCAGUUCUCCUCGGGGGCACGCAGUGUGCCCCGUCAACUUGCCCCCCACCACUGAUGUAGUUAUCCACCGUAAGGAAAGCGAAGGCUUUGGCUUUGUCAUCAUCAGCUCCCUCAACCGCCCAGAGACCACAAACACAAUAACUGUGCCACAUAAGAUCGGCCGCAUUAUCGAGGGCAGUCCGGCUGAUCGCUGUGGGAAGCUGAAAGUCGGUGAUCGUAUUAUGGCCGUCAACUGUCAGUCAAUUAUCAACAUGCCUCACGCUGACAUUGUCAAGCUGAUCAAAGACGCUGGACUCACUGUCACCUUGCACAUCAUCCCAGAAGAAGAUGUAAACGGUGCUCAUUCGGCCCCUACAUCAGAGAAGCAGAGUCCCAUGGUGGCCCAGAAGCACAGCCCUCAGACUCAGUCCAGCCCAGCAGCCCAGCAGAGCCCGACCGUGUCUCAUCCCAGCCCACCAGCCCCCCACCCCAGCCCGGCCACCACACAGCCCAGCCCCCUGCUGAUGGAGCCGGGCCCUGGAGCUCCGCACAGCAGCCCACCCGUGACUCAAAGCAGUCAGGCCGGCCUGGAACCAAUGCAGUCAGGCUCAGCGGUGACUCAGGCUGCUCCUGUUGUGGAUCCGGGAAUACCGGGAGUUCAGCCCCCCUCCAUCGGAUCAGUGCCUGUACCACCACAGCUGUACCUUCAUGACAUCAGGUCAGAGGUUAAAGCCAGGCAGGAUGUUAAGCCUGAUAUCUGCCAAGCUGCAUAUACAGACUACAGACAGCCUCCGGUGGACUACAGACAUCCUCCUGUAGCAGACUACAGACAGCCGCCCACCAUGGAGUACAGACACCCACCUGCUCUGAUAGACUACAGACAGCACUCCAUUGCUGAUUACAGACCACAGGACUAUGACUACUUCACUGUAGAACUGGAGAAAAGUGUGAAGGGAUUUGGCUUUAGUAUCCGGGGAGGACGGGAAUACAAGAUGGACCUGUUUGUGCUGAGACUGGCGGAGGAUGGACCUGCGAUCCGCAACGGCAGAAUGAGGGUUGGAGAUCAGAUUAUUGAAAUUAACGGUGAGAGUACGAGAGACAUGAGUCACGCUUGCGCCAUCGAGCUCAUCAAGGCCGGCGGGCGUCGAGUACGCCUGCUGUUGAAAAGGGGCACGGGACAGGUGCCAGAAUAUGGAAUGGUACCUACCAACCUUACCAUGUGCAUGAAAAGCGACACUCUAGCCUCACCCUAUUUCUUCAUAAUGGGACACUCUAAAGACACGACAGUGCCGCCUCCCGGAGUGCUGUCUCUCCAGCCGUCCCUGCCUUGUCGGAAGUAGUCUCACCCCACUAGCCUGACACUCGCCCUUCGCCGUCACCCGUCAUCUCAUCCAGCCUCAAACCCUGGACUUUCAGUGGCAUUCUGUGACAGUCUGGACCAAUCACGGCGCCCCUCGUGGUCUGUUUUGUGGGGCUUCGCCCACAGAACGAAGGGUGGCAGGUCCACCUGUAAGAGCUGUGCUUUGAACAGCCUAAAAAAAACAGAGGAGAUGGAUCAUAAAAGCUGAAAAUAUUAAGAACAGAUGGAGACACAUCAACCUCAAAUGGAUUGUCAUAUCCAACAUGCUUUUCAUAUUGUCUUUAAUCCAAGUUUGUUUUUCUUUUUGUUCCGGACGAUCCAGAUGAAUGGCAGCCAAAGACGCGUGGCUCGCCCUCUCACUGUUUAAUUCUUGAUCCAGCGGAAACUUCUCACAGGGGAAUGAGCCGAACUUUCAACGCCUCUUUCUUCCGUCCGGUGGACCCGAGCUCACUUUAUAUGUUUAACAUGUAGAGGUUGUUUAUUUUUUUUAUAAUUUCAAGACGUUCAUACCAAUCCCCUAGUGGUACCAGGGGUCAGAUAUCGCAAAUAUAUGUGUAGCAUGAAACAAGACUCCUGAAGAAACACACUAACUUGAGUUGAGAACUUCAAUGUAUCAGUAUUGCGUUUCGUUCUAUGUCUGAUGGCAAAAAAAACUCACCAUAGACAUUUCGAGACACUGACAGUAAAUAUAAAGGGAGACCGCCAUGAUGGAGAUACAAGGGAAGUAUAACGCUGACCCAUUCGGCCUGGAUUAUGGGAGAUAAAUGCAUAUCAAUCGCCAAAUCUGCCGCAUGGACGUACCCCUUUGUAACAUUAGUAUGGUUCAGUCUAUGAAUUUCACACCCAGCCAAAUAUUCGGUUACAUUGCGAACUGAACCGAAGAAGGACCAAGGAUGUUUUCAAAGCCUCAGUACAUCAUUCUGUCCUCAUUGGCCCUGUACUGUGCACCACCACUGUGGAUUUGGGGUGCCAUCUUACACCUCAGAACCUUCAUUCCCAUGUCUCUGAUGGCUCUGUAGUUUAUGGAAGCUAAUUAGCAGAGCUAAUUAAAAAAAGAUGGUUUUUCAGGACAGUUUGGUCUGAGACCAGGAGUCAUGUAGUCUUUCACCGUGUCCUAACCAAGUGCGACAUUAAAUAUUUUGCCUGUUCUCUCCAAACAUGUAAAUGCUGCAACUUAUUUGAUAUUUAGUACAGAGCAAUGUGGAUUUUGGACCAGUAAGAUGUAACUAUGGGUAGGGGUACAU